GCAACAGGCGAAGCUUAAGUGAAAGAGCUAACAACAAGAAGUAUUUUAUGUUAUAAAUGGUUCGUUUUCAGAUUACACUUUCAACAAAACAAAAUCCUCUCACAGAUUGUGCUGCUUAAUAUCAUAUUUUAACAAUGGCUGCAACAGUAGCUUCCAGCCUACAACUAAUGGCAGCAAGACCCUUUCUUUCAUUUUCUCCUGGAGUUGUUAAAGCAGGUGCUGCCAUUCUAUGUUCGAAUCCCAAAACGGUGUUGUGGCUGAAGCUAACGAGUCCGUGCAAUAUAUCAUCUUUAAACGCUUUCCGACACGGUUUCAGAUCAUCCACAGUAAAGUUUAUCAAGGUUGUAACGAAAGCAAUGUCUGAAUCUAAUGAAAAUAAACCUGUUUCCGGGUUGCCAAUUGACUUGAAAGGUAAGAGGGCAUUUAUUGCUGGUGUAGCCGAUGACAAUGGAUAUGGCUGGGCAAUAGCAAAAUCUCUUGCUGCUGCAGGUGCUGAAAUACUAGUCGGAACGUGGGUGCCUGCUUUGAACAUAUUCGAAACCAGCUUGCGACGGGGAAAGUUCGAUGAAUCACGCUUAUUGCCGGAUGGCUCUUUAAUGGAGAUUACCAAAGUAUAUCCUCUAGAUGCAAUCUUUGACAACCUUGAUGAUGUACCCGAAGAUAUAAAAACGAAUAAGCGUUAUGCUGGAUCCUCAAAGUGGACCGUUCAGGAAGUUGCUGAAUCCGUUAAACAGGAUUUCAGAAGUAUUGACAUUCUUGUGCAUUCACUAGCCAAUGGCCCCGAGGUCAGCAAACCUCUUUUGGAUACAUCCCGGAAAGGAUACCUUGCGGCUUUAUCUGCUUCAAGUUACUCCCAUGUUUCCUUACUCAAACAUUUUCUCCCAUUAAUGAAUCCAGGAGGUUCUUCAAUUUCUCUUACGUACAUUGCUUCUGAGCGAAUAAUUCCAGGAUAUGGUGGAGGUAUGAGUUCUGCUAAAGCAGCUCUCGAAAGUGACACAAGAGUACUUGCUUUCGAAGCAGGAAGAAAACAUAAAAUCCGGGUCAACGCAAUAUCCGCCGGCCCUCUAAGAAGUCGUGCUGCGAAAGCAAUCGGAUUUAUCGACAUGAUGAUUGAAUACUCGAAGGCCAAUGCACCUCUCCAAAAAGAACUGUCCGCAGAUGAAGUGGGGAAUACUGCUGCUUUCUUGGCAUCACCAUUGGCUUCGGCUAUCACAGGUGCCGUCAUAUAUGUCGAUAACGGUUUGAAUGCAAUGGGUAUCGGAGUUGACAGUCCCAUAUUUAAAGACCUCAACAUUCCGAGCGACAAGCACUAGAAUCCGGUAUGCCAAGGUCGAGACCCGAAAUUCGAUGCCAAAUGUUUAGUAUCGAUGUUUAAUCUCCAUUGCCCGGCCUUUUUAAACUUUUCUGUUUUUGGUAGAUUGAGUUUUGUCACAAUAGGUUUCAGCAAAAUUGUGGAUGAACAAUUUAAAUUAAUGGAUGGAUUUAGUGGGGUCUUAAGAGUUAAA